GUGUACACGAGUCAAAUAAGUGCAUACUUUAAACUAUUUCAUAAACGUUAUCGUGUCACUUUGUCGACAAACCUAUAAUCACAAAUUCGACGAUAAUCAGGUUUCCAAUCUCCAUGGAAUAAUUCAUCACUACAACAAUCUCCAUCUUCUUCACUUCACUGUCCUCCACAAAUCCAAUAUCUUAAUUUCCACUCAAGGGUAUUUGCUAAGAGAAUGAGGUAUUUAUACGCGAGGGGAGCUUAGAUGCCAUCGGUUUCACACUGAUGCAGACAUCAUAUGACCACAUAAACAGUUAUUCAAAUUUCAAAAUCAAGAAAAGUGGCACCUAAUGGAACAAGAAUCAAGAAAUCCAUUUCUUCAGCCUAACAUUAUCGAAUCUGCUAACGGGUAUAGCUCAAGAAUCAACCCGGAUAAACGCGGGCGCCAAAACUUCAUCGGGCCCGGUUUUCCCGGGUUGAAAAAACGAGGUCAUACCCUCGGAAACCGUUCUUGGAUCAAAAUCGAGCAAAAUGGGAACUCUAGAGUUGUGGAGUUAGAUAAGGCUACUGUAAUGAGACAUUGUUCUUUACCGGCUAGAGAUCUUCGGCUUUUGGAUCCGCUUUUUAUAUAUCCGUCCACAAUAUUAGGUCGUGAGAAGGCGAUUGUAGUUAGUCUUGAACAGAUUAGAUGUAUAAUUACGGCUGAUGAGGUUUUUCUUAUGAAUUCGUUGGAUGGAUCUGUCGUUCAGUACAAAUCUGAAUUGUGCAAACGCCUUCAGAGAGAAAAAUACCACUCAGAUGAUCUAGCGUUUGAGUUUAAAGCAUUGGAACUAGCUUUGGAGUUUGCAUGCCUCACUCUCGAUACUCAGGUGAAGGAGUUGGAAAUGGAAAUUCAUCCUGUGCUUGAUGAACUUGCAAAAUCAAUAAGUACUCUCAAUCUUGAACGUGUUCGUAGAUUCAAAGGCCACCUUCUAGCAUUGACUCAACGGGUGCAAAAGGUAUAUGAUGAAAUAGAACACCUAAUGAACGAUGAUGGAGAUAUGGCUGAGAUGUACUUAACUGAGAAGAAACAAAGGAACUUGUGUAACGAUUUAUACGAUCAAGUACAAGGAAAUGAUGAUACUAGCGGGCCUGAAGUGGGGUUAGGAUCAAAAUCCGCUCCCGUAUCUCCUGUGGGGUCCGCUGUGGGGUCCGCAAGUGGUGCGCAUAAACUGCAAAGGGCCUUUAGUAAUGUAAGUGCACACAAACAUGGAAGCUUGUUGGGUUCAUCAGUGACUGGUGAAACCGAAAACAUAGAUCAACUUGAGAUGUUGCUGGAAGCCUACUUUGUUGGAAUUGAUAACACUCUAAACAAGCUGCUUUCGCUCAAGGAGUAUAUUGAUGACACCGAAGAUCUGAUCAACAUUAAACUUGGUAAUGUCCAGAAUAAGCUGAUUAAGUUCGAGCUGCUCUUGACGGCGGCUACUUUUUUGGCAACCGUAUUUGCAGUAGUGACAGCUGUAUUCGGAAUGAACUUUGAAGAUGAAGUUUUCGAUGAACCAAACAGAUUCCACUGGGUCGUUUCUACGAGUGCAGUGUUAUGUGGAGUUUUGUAUAUCUGUUUCUUGCUUUAUUUUAAACAUAAGAAAGUUUUUCCUCUCUAGAUUUCAUCAUAAAAAGUUGCAGCUGAUGUAUGUAUUUCUUUCUUAUUGCUUCUUCUAUACAGUUAAAUUAUCUUUUACUAUGGGCAUUGUGCUUCUAUGGUUGUACUAAACGGUUAAAUAAUUACACAUCCUUUAACCUA